CGUACAUCGAGACUAUCACUCGGUAAAAUUGUACCUCGCUUACCCUUUCUUGGACUGUCUCUCUCUUAUAUAGUGGGAUGCAGCAAUUUAUCAAAUUCGUGGACGCUUUUCCAUUCUCAUUCUUAAUCUCCAAUGAUAUCCACGGAUGGGAGUUGUCAUUAUGACACUUACCGCCUUUCGGAGCGCCUAGGGUUUAAGCAAUUGCUCUGCAUCAUGAGCUACGUGUUGAUCUCAUCAACUGUUUCAGAUCCGGAGGAGAACAAGAGACUGUUGGAUAAAUACAUUCAACGGGAUGAGAAUGAAUGGGAACCCAGAAUUGACCAUGCGACACUCGCGAAGAUCUUGUCCACUAUGGGAGACUCGGGCAAUGAUAACGCGGAAAUUGGUAUUCCAGCAAAUGGCUAUUCUGGAAUCUCACUUGAUGACCUACACGCCCAAGCGCAGUACAUCUUAUGGCGUUUGAAGCAAAUAUCCGCAGAGUGCCUUCAUGUCUUGCAAAUCGGGAGCGCCAAAGACCUCCGUCGUCCGAUCGGCGGAUUAUUGAGCUUUGUUAUUGCCUGUGCCAGCGUGUCUGUUCACGUAGAUUGUUUGCCACUUUCAGUGCAUCUAGUCCAGAACGAAAGAUCAGUCUCCAUCAUGCAACACCAACUUCAAAUGAGCCCAUUAUUUGCCGCUGGUCUUGAUAUUGACGAGUUGGACUCUGCACUCAAUUCGCUUGAUCUCCUCUUUACUGAAGAAGAAUUAUGAGAGCUAUAAGCUACCUCUGCUUCCGUUUUGAUGUCUUCUAUUGUCUGGUAUCAGUAUUGGCGCUAUCCGACUACUGUAGGUCUAAGAUUAGCCACGGGCCCGCCGUCUGCACUGAACAUACUCGGCUCUGGAACAGGAAUGUUGAUGGCACCUGUCUUUGUCAGAAUUACUUUACUCUAGCCGACCCUGUCAUUAGUGUGGCAAUCAACUAUGCCUUUGCUGUGUCACUCUGUUCGCUUGUAUAUUAAAUACAUUAAACAUCCCUGAUUCACCUAGAAAACAACCUCCCGAGAGCGUUAUCUUUGUCCAUUGAUCGAGACCGGCCAAACCACUAAGGCACCAAGCCUUCUUGGAAAGCGUUUGUGUGGGAACUUCGCCCCUACGAAGAAAAUCCGGAUAACGUAUACCCAUUUCUGGAAUGUUGUGAUGUGGUUGGUGUCAGCAUGUCAGCAGCAAAAGCGAAAGAGGGACCUUUCGGCUUGCCUAUCUGGCUGCGGAGGAAAUCUGGGUACCUCAAGGAUGGAGCUGUAUUUUGAGAAUUCAGCAUGGGUAGCAACUGGGAGACUGUCACCCACCGCCUUCCUUGGCACACACUAAUGUCGUCUGGACCAAAAAUUGGUAAGCAGGGAGCUGUUGUGCAG